UUUCUGGUAGUUAGCAGUAGUAUUUGUUAACAAGUUCCCUUCUACAAAUACAAAUGAUAUGUUCAAUGAUCAUAGGCUUCAAUUCUUCAGUCAAAAACACAAACACACACACACACACACUUUGAUUUGUAACAUCAAUGGAAAAACCAGGUCGAAGUUACAAUAAUCAUAAUCAACUCUGGUUUGCAAUUCUCAUCUCAUUUAUCUUAUUACUUCUAUGUUUUCAUUAUUCAAACACAUUUCCUAGUCCCAACAACAAUGUCUUCACUUUCUCACUUAACAACAACACUGAUUCCUGCAAUGGCCGUUAUGUUUACAUUCAAAAUCUCCCAUUUCGUUUCAACCAAUUUUUACUUCAAAAUUGUCACAUUCUUACCCGAGGAACCGACAAAUCUAACAUGUGUCCUUAUAUGAAGAACUUGGGUUUAGGUCCUGAGAUUAAAAAUCAAAACUUUAAUGGUGUUCUUUUAUCAAACACUUGGUAUGCAACUAACCAGUUUUUGUUGGAAGUUAUUUUUCAUAAUAAGAUGAAAAAUUAUGAAUGUUUGACUAAUGAUUCAUCUUUAGCUUCUGCAAUUUUUGUUCCUUCUUAUAUUGGUCUUGAUAUUAGUCGUUUUCUUUGGGUUUCUAAUCUUACUGUUAGAGAUUCUUCUGGUUUUGAGCUUGUUGAAUGGUUGGUGAAGAAACCUGAAUGGAAAAGAAUGUGGGGUAGAGAUCAUUUUCUUGUUUCUGGAAGAAUUUCUUGGGAUUUUAGAAGACAAUUUGAUGAUUUAGCUUAUUGGGGUAGCAAAUUUAGGUUUUUACCUGAAUCUAUGAACAUGUCAAUGUUAGCAGUUGAAGCUAGUUCAUGGAAUAAUGAUUAUGCUAUACCUUAUCCAACAUCAUUUCAUCCUUCAAUGGAUGGUGAGAUUUAUCAAUGGCAGAGUAAAAUCAGGCAUCAAAAAAGGGAGUUUUUGUUUACUUUUACAGGAGCACCUAGGCCUGAAAAUGAAGAAUCUAUAAGAGGGAAAAUCAUUGAACAAUGUCGAGGUUCGAGUUUUUGUAAAUUCAUUGAUUGUAGCUAUGGUGGUGAGAAAUGUGAUGAUCCUGUUAAUGUUAUGAAAGUGUUUGAAAAUUCGGUGUUUUCUUUGCAACCUUCUGGUGAUUCAUACACAAGAAGAUCAAUUUUUGAUUCAAUUUUAGCUGGUUGUAUACCUGUGUUUUUUCAUCCUGGUACUGCUUAUUCGCAAUAUAAAUGGCAUUUACCAAAAACCAGAACUAAGUAUUCUGUUUAUAUACCUGUGAAAGAUGUGAAAGAAUGGAAUGUUGAUAUUGAAAAAGUGUUAUUGAGAAUUCCAGAGAAGGAUGUGAUUGCAAUGAGAGAAGAAGUUAUCAAGCUUAUUCCAAAAAUAGUUUAUGCUGAUCCUAGGGGUAAGUUAGAUAAUUUUGAAGAUGCAUUUGAUUUAGCAUUGAAAGGGAUACUUGAAAGGAUUGAAAAUGUAAGGGAAACAAUGAGAAAAGGGAAAGAUCCUAGUGUUGGUUUUGCAGAUGAAGAUCAUUAUAAGUAUACAUUUUCUGAUAAUUAGAUAGUGUAUAAUGUAUAUCCAUUCAAUAAUACUACUAUUUAGUUUAUGAUGAUAAUAUAAUAUAUACUUAUUAUUAGUACAAAGUAUUCAUAUUCCUAGUUAAAACAUAU